GAGAAGAGAAAACUUAAAGGGACUGAAACAACAAACAGGAAAUGCCUAGCCCGGCUGCUGAUGCAGAGGGGACCAGAGGCAGUUGCAGCGCACUGAGCUGUUCUCCCUAACAGGCAGCGUGUGAACGACCGAGCUAGCCCAGGGGAUCUGCUGCCCCCCCGGCCCUGUGCUCCUUCACGGGCUAUCCUUGCCACUGCAGCCAUGGGCUCCCAGCCCCUCCGUAGCAGAAGCCCAGGGGUCGCUGUCCCAUGCGGGAUUCUGACAGCUCUGCUUCACCUCAGUGCAUCUUUCAAUGUCGAUGUCAAAAAUGCAAUGACGUUCAAUGGCUCUGUGGAGGACAUGUUUGGGUACACUGUUCAACAGUAUGAAAAUGAGGAAGGAAAAUGGGUACUUAUUGGUUCUCCAUUAGUUGGCCAACCCAAGAAGAGAACAGGAGAUGUCUACAAAUGCCCUGUAGGGAAGGGCCAAUCACAUUGCAUAAAACUGAACCUACCAGCUGACACUUCAGUUCCUAACGUCAUGGAAGUAAAAGAGAACAUGACUCUUGGAACAACUUUAGUGACUAACCCGAAAGGAGGCUUUCUGGCGUGUGGGCCUCUCUACGCUUACAAAUGUGGGCAUUUGCAUUACACAACUGGCAUCUGUUCUAAUGUCAGUUCCACAUUUGAAGUUGUAAAUACCAUUGCACCAUCUGUACAAGAAUGUAAGACCCAACUGGAUAUUGUCAUAGUUCUUGAUGGUUCUAAUAGUAUUUACCCAUGGGAGAGUGUCACAGAAUUUUUAAACCGCCUUCUGAAAAAAAUGGACAUAGGCCCUCAACAAACACAGGUUGGAAUUGUUCAAUAUGGGCAAAAGGUAGUCCAUGAAUUUAACCUCAGUACUUACAUGACAACAGAUGAUGUACUGAUUGCAGCCAAGGCGAUAAAGCAAAGAGGUGGAGCACAAACUAUGACAGCCCUUGGAAUAGAUACAGCAAGGAAAGAGGCGUUCACUGAGGCUCGGGGUGCACGAAGAGGAGUAAAGAAAGUAAUGGUUAUUGUGACUGACGGGGAAUCACACGACAGCUACAAAUUAGCAGACGUGAUUAAGGACUGUAAACAUGAAAACAUUCAGAGAUUUUCUAUUGCUAUUCUUGGUAGCUACAACAGAGGAAAUUUAAGUACAGAGAAAUUUGUGGAGGAAAUAAAAUCAAUUGCAAGUGAACCUACUGAAAAGCAUUUCUUCAAUGUCUCAGAUGAAUUAGCUCUUCUUACUAUUGUUGAAGCACUUGGAGAGAGAAUAUUUGCCCUAGAAGCUACAACAGACCAGCUGGCAGCCUCGUUUGAAAUGGAAAUGUCUCAAGCUGGCUUCAGUGCUCAUUAUUCCCAGGACUGGAUCAUGCUUGGAGCAGUUGGAGCAUAUGACUGGAAUGGGACAGUAGUCAUGCAAAAAAACAGUAUGGUUUUAAUGCCAAGAAAUGAUACAUUUCGUGACAAGUCUUCAGAAAGAAAUGAACCUCUUGCAGCUUAUCUAGGAUACACUGUAAAUUCAGCAUUGACACCCGGAGAUGUGCUAUACAUUGCUGGUCAACCUCGCUAUAAUCACACAGGCCAAGUUAUCAUUUACAAAAUAGUAGGAGGAGAUGUAAAAAUACUACAGCGGUUAAAUGGAGAACAAAUUGGGUCAUACUUUGGGAGUGUUAUUACUACAGUUGACAUCAAUAAAGACUCAUUUACAGACAUUCUGCUAGUUGGAGCUCCUAUGUACAUGGGAACUGAAAAAGAGGAACAAGGAAAAGUGUAUGUGUAUUCUUUGAACAAGACAACAUUUGAAUAUCAGAUGAGCCUUGAACCUAUGAAGCAAACUUGCUGUUCGUUGUUAAAGCACAGUUCCUGCAAAAAUCACAAGAACGAACCUUGCGGUGCACGCUUUGGGACUGCAAUUGCUUCAGUAAAGGACCUCAACCUUGAUGGGUUUCACGAUAUUGUAAUAGGAGCUCCUUUAGAGGAUGAUCAUCGAGGAGCUGUGUACAUAUAUCAUGGCAAUGGCAAUAGUAUAAGGAAAGAAUAUGCACAGCAUAUUCCAUCAGGUGGAGAUGGGGAAAAAGUGAAAUUUUUUGGUCAGUCUAUACAUGGAGAAAUGGAUUUAAAUGGUGAUGGUCUAACGGAUGUCACUAUUGGAGGCCUUGGUGGUGCUGCCCUCUUCUGGUCUCGUGAUGUAGCUGUAGUAAAUGUUUCCAUGAAUUUCACACCCAAUAAAAUCAAUAUCCAAAAGAAAAACUGUAAUAUGGAUAAAAAAGAAACAGUAUGCAUAAAUGCCACAAUUUGUUUUGAAGUCAGACUAAAGUCUAAAGAAGAUACAUUAAAUGAAACCAGUAUACAGUAUUGGGCUACGCUUGACUCACAAAGACAGAUAUCUCGAAGCUUGUUCAUGGAAAGUCAAGAAAGGAAGAUACAAAAAAAUAUCACUGUCAAAGGGUCAGAAUGUAUUAAACAUAACUUCUACAUGUUGGACAAGCCUGAUUUUCAGAACUCUGUAAAGGUUUUGUUGGAGUUCAAUUUUUCCAACCCAGAGAAUGGGCCAGUUCUCGAUAGUGACCAGCCGAACUCAGCGUAUGAAUAUAUUCCUUUCACAAAAGACUGUGGAAUCAAAAAUAAAUGUAUUACAGAUCUCGUUCUGAUUAUAACAACAAGUAUAGCUGGAGACAGUUCCUCUCCAUUCAUCAUAAAGUCAAGCAAUGAUAAGUUCAACGUGCUACUGUCUGUCAGGAAUAAAAAAGACAGUGCCUAUAAUACCAGAGUCUUAGUACAGUACUCUCCAAACAUUAUUUUUGCUGGAAUUGAGGGUAUACAGAAAGAUAGCUGUGAAUCCAAUCACAAUAUUACCUGUAAAGUGGGAUACCCUUUCCUAAAGUCUGGAGAAGAGAUUUCUUUCAGAAUAGUAUUCCAAUUCAACGCUUCUUAUCUUCUGGAAAAUGCUACUGUUCAGGUGUAUGUAACAAGUGACAGCGAAGAACCACUUGAGACCCUGACUGACAAUGGAGGAGACGUUAGAAUCCCAGUAAAAUAUGAAAUGGGAUUAAUAUUUUUAAGUCAUUUGAAAGAUCCCAAAGAACCCCAUAUUAUAAUUGCCGCAAAUGAUACAGUUCCUGCUGUUAUUAAUACAACUGAGAACAUUGGGGAUGAAGUUAACAUAAACUAUAAGAUUGAAAAAGGUGAACACUUUCCAGUGCCACAACUCACUCUGCAGAUUUCAUUCCCCAACUUGACUUUGUCCAAAAACCCCAUUCUCUACCUAAGUGGAUUGUCAUUUUCAGAUAAUGCAGUCUGCCAAACCAGUCACCCUAUAGAUCCAUUCAAGAUCAAUUCUGGGACGCUGUUUGUGGUGGCAAAAAAAAAAGAGCCUACAAAAGAUACAAGUAUGGACUGUGAUACAUACAACUGUGCAUCUAUUAAUUGUACUCUGGCCCCAUCUGGUAUAACUCAAGUGAACAUUUCAUUAAGAUUAUGGAAACCUACCUUUAUAAAAGCAAGUGUUCACAGUUUACAUCUCAUUGUAAGAGCAUUACUUCAGAGUGAAAACUCAUCACUGAUUUUGAGAAGAGACAAUCAAAAACGAGAGAUCACAAUUAAAAUUUCAAGAGAACUUCACCCUGGCGUCAUCCCUUUAUGGGUCAUUUUACUGAGUGCCUUUGCUGGACUCUUGAUUCUUGCACUUCUUAUAUUUGCAUUGUGGAAGGCUGGAUUUUUCAAAAGGCCACUAAAGAAGAAAAUGGAGAAAUAAAGAAUUCUACCAAAGGAGAGUAUGUUGCAAUUAAACAACGAUCUGUCCUCAGGUCUGCCUCAAAUAUAUGACUGUAAAGCUAUAAAUAUAGUUAUAAAUUUGAUGGUCACAACAUUUGCUAAACUCCAUCAUGGACUAAUCAAGGUGUUUUUUAAAAAGAGGAAAAAACAGCAACAAACAAAUCAAGUAUAUAGGUGGAUGUUAAAAAGGGAAAACAGCCCUAUAGUAUUUUGUAAUAUGUUAGAAAAUAUCUUAAGCUGUUACUCAUUUUUGGAGAGUAAUUCAAUUUUAAAAUUCUGAGUUGUUUUGUAUAGGGAAAAUAGUCUAUUCAUGUUUUUUCAUCAAAUGAAAUAUUUCUUCAGCCCAAAUUAUGCAAGAAGCCAAGUUUCAAGCAGUAAUCAUAAUCUCUUUACCACAUGUUCCUUAUUUUCAAAAGAACAAAGUAUUCAAAAGUCAUUUCUCAUAAUGGACUGGCAAUUGGCUAAGCCAGACUUUCAAACUUUGAGCAUGCACCAGAUACAGUUGGGUAUAUUUUGACAAAAGGAUAAUCCAGAGGAAAGGGGCAACUGCAGAGCUUGCACAAAACUUGCAAUUCCAAGGGCUUUUCUUCCCUCUUAAUGUAGUUCAUCCAGAUGUACAGAGGCCAUUCCAUGAAAUAAAUUUCUAUUAUUAACAAAACUAUUCAGGAUUGAUCCCUUAAGUCAUACAAGUGUCUGAACCAGAAUCUGACUUUUAGCAGACCUGUAAAAUUAUGCUCACAAAAUUAUAAUUACAAGCACAGCUGAUUGCUCAUUGUUUGCAAAUAAGCAGAAUCACAUUUGGACUCUCAAAUUGAUGUGGGCAGCAAAAUUGUAAGUCUUGUGUUUUUUAGAGGCACCCCAAAAAUUUGCCCCUCACUGUGUAUCUUGGAGUUGCCAGUAGGGUUGCUUCUUGAACUAUCCAUGAAAAGUUACUGUGUAGCUAUUUAAUUCAGUAGGUUGAAAGUGCCCAACCAGAUAAUUAUCAAAAGAGCAGUUAGAAAAGCACUGACAAGCUUUUUGUAUUACAAACCAUUACAAAUCAUUUUUUACUUACAAGUUUAAGAACUGAUGCAAAAUUUUGUACAGUGACUAAGCACUUAACAAAUGAUGUUUAUUUUGUAUCAAAGAUUUAAAAUGUUAUAUAAUACACUGAAACAUAGAUACUAACAUUAUGUUUCUCUAAACCCAUUUUGAACACUAACCAUUUUUAAUAUAAAGCUGCCUCUUUUUUUCACAUGGGUCACAUUCCUUCUACCGAAUGAGCAUAUGUGGAUAUGCCUCCAUCUUCCAAAAGUAGCCCAGCAUUUAGACAAUGGAGUUUAUUCAUCUCCUUGGUACAAAUUUCACUGAAAUGCAAAAGCCACUGCAGUUUUUCCAAAGAAUAUAACAUGUCAGGCAUAUUUGUUCUAUUCUUUGAUAAUAGUCUUACCAAGUGUAUUGUUACUUUUUAAUAUGAGUGUAUAUUUUUCUAAAAAAGUGACCAUAGGUUGAAUUAUAUAUGUGGGCAAAUAAAGCUCUGGAAAUUUAGGAGGUGCUUCAUAUCUGAAAGAGGAUAUCGGGGUAAAUCAUGAAGUCCCUCGUAUCUACUUUUUGGCUUAUAUGGUAGUCAUUGGGAUGGGUUGAGACUUAUUAAUAUAGCAAGUAUGAGUUUGUUUGAAAACGUUUGUAAACUUUCUUUCAUGUUCAAGAAAAAAUUAUGAUUGCACAACCCUAGCCUGACUGCAAUUGCCCAUGUCUCGUAUUUUAAUGGAUAUAAUUCAUUAGAAAGUGUGGCAGAGUCACAACAUGGACUUGAUAAAUAACUGUGCCUCCGUUGUCCCGUGGAGUUUGUGAAAUUCAGCGUAAAUCCACCAAAGUCAGUGGACUUACCCCAAAGGUACACAGGUAUAACUGAGAGCAGAAGUUAUAGAAUUCAAAGAGUGGCGUGUAAACCCCCCCCCCCCCCCCGCCUUCAUUCAGUGUGCAAAUUGGUCAGCAGUUGAGUGAUGCAAAGGUCUGCUCAUUGCACAAUGGAGAUGAAAAUAAAUAUUAAACAGCUGCUUCGUUGUCUGCAGUCCAGUUUGCACACUAUAGGAGUACAGGUUUUGUAGAUAGACAUGGCCAUAUAGCAAUGAAGUUAUCUGUCUGAGGUACAUAGUAUGGUGAUGAGGGCCAUAUAUCUGUCUGCGUGCCUCACAAUGAUUAAUGUAUUUAUCCUCAUACCAUCCCUGUGAGGUGAGGAAAGGGCUAUUAUCCCUAUUUUUGCAGAGAGAUUAAGUGACUCCCCUGUGGUCACACAGGAAGUCUGUGACAGAGCAGGAACUAAACUCCCAGUCUCCUGAAUCUUUCUCGUGCUUUAACCACAAGUUCAUUCUUCUUCCCCACCUGUGAUUAACCGCUGUAUAUGUUAUAAUACAAUGGGGCAGUGCUAAGACACGUCAUUUUAACUUUAGCAUGUCCUGACUUUUAAGUGCUUCAUGUUGCAACUGCGAUGAUCUCUUCAGCAGUAUUUUUAAUGAAAUGUUACAUUUUAAUUUCUGAGCAAUGCUGUUAUUGACUAAUAUGCAUCAGCAACCAUGUUAGUUUUUAUAUACAGUAUAUUUCCCUAGAGAAAGUGUACAAAAGUAUUCUUCCUAGGUAAAGCACGUUGCCAUUCAUUUUAGCCACACUUUGGAUCAUACAUGCAAUAAUAGGUUUUAUAUAAUAGCCUUUCUUCUCUGUUUGUACCAUAGCACUUUCUUCCUACUCAUUCUUGCUCUCAUAGCCCUGGCCUACACUGGGGAAGGUGGGGAGGUUGACCUAAGAUAUGCAACUUCAGCUACGUGACCAGCGUAGCUGAAGUUGGCGUAUCUUAGGUCGACUUACCUGGCCAUGAGGACGGCGGCAAGUCAACUGCUGCUGCUCCCCCAUCGACUCCACUUCUGCCUCUUGCGAGCUGGAGUUCCGGGGUCGACGGGGAGUGCGUUCUGGGAUUGAUUAUCGCGUCUAGAUGAGACGUGAUAAAUUGAUUCCUGAUAGAUCUAUCACUACCUGCCGAUCUGGUGGGUAGUGAAGACCUGCCCUUAUUAAAUUUUCAAUUUAAAAAAAGAAACUAUUUAAAUAUAAUAAUAUGUAAAGUAAGUACUGCCAUGGAAUACUUUCUUAUCACAUAACCUGCAUUAGCAAUCCACUAUUUCUACUCGAGAGAACCUUUGUACAUACCAUCACACAAACAAUAUUACUCUUAUCACACAAAUCAUAGAAAACCCUAUUGAAACCAAUGGUGCAAAUAUCAGAAACAUUUCACUGGCAUUCUGCAUCUACUAAAAAGGUUACAAAUAAAUACUCUGCUUCAUAUAUUAAGCAGCAGCAAGUUGCAGUAUGAUUCUAAUAAUUAACAGUUGGUGGGUUGGGACUUUUUUUGUUUAAACAAAAGUUUAAACAGUUGUAAAAUGAUACAGGUGGCACCAGGGGCUCAAAGCAUUUGCAGGUGUCAUUGGGGAUCCAGUAGCACCCCAAAUUGAAAACUUCUUAAAUGAAAGAAGGAUAGCCAGGACAAUCACCCCACUUUCCGUUAACACACUCUCAGUGCUUCCCUUAGGUCUAAGCUAAACUUCUGCCAGCUUGCCUUUAUCUCAGGGUAUGUCUUCACUACCAACGGUAAAGUGCUGCUACGGCAGCGCUUUAACAUGGCUGUGUAGUCGCAGCACCAGCGCUGGGACAGAGCUCUCCCAGCGCUGUAAAAAACCCACCCCCACGAGGGGAGUAGCUCCCAGCUCCGGGAGCAUGGCUCCCAGCACUCAUGCACUGUCUACACUGCCACUUUCCAAUGCUGAAAAUUGCAUCACUGGUGGAGGGGGUGUGUUUUCACACCACUGAGCGAGAAAGUUUCAUUGCUGUAAAGUGGCAGUAAAGACAAGGCCUAAGUAUUGCUCUCUGCCAGGCACUAGGAAAGCAAAGAUGCUGCGCCACCUGGGUUUGAUGGAAAAGAGGCAUAGAACUGUGUGUGUCCUGUGCAUCUUGAUAGAACCACAGCCCAAAUUGUUUUAUUAUUUUCCUCAAUAGGACAUACAGGCAGGGCAAUCAAAACCAGCCUGGCAGAACAUGCAUGAGAACUGUCUCUGGACAGAUAAGCAACUGAUCAAAAUCACAUUCUCUGAUCUCUUGGGGCCAAAUCCUGUUCCCGUUGAAAUCAAAAGAAGUUUUGCUAUUGAGUUCAAUGGGAACAGGCUUUUACAUUUGGAGAGGAAAGAACAAAACUACUCAAGCAAGGGCUAUGUGGCUUACACCUCAGGUAUCAAAGGCUGCUGACUCAUAUGAGAAAGUCAGCAGAUAUCUGAUCUUUGUCCAUUGCAAGGGAGAAAUCGGCAAUCAAUGAGUCUAGAACAGUCUCUGUACCAUAUACAUCUCAUAAGUCCAUCUGCAAAGGAUCAAGGAAAUAUGAAGGCUCCAGAUUCCAUUAAAGUCCUCUGUCCCUUGGUUAGAAUGCUCCCAUCAGUAUAUGUUCAUAGUCCAGAGUCUGGAGCAGGAAUCAAAAACACUGUUUAAACACCUUCCAUCUCCCCUCUCCCCCCACUCCCCUCUUGAGAACUCCUGACCAACUUAACAGCAGGAUACAUAUGCUAAGCCUUUGUUUAUAUUUGGUAGCAUAUGUAUUGUGCUGUUAAACCCAUAUAAAGAAUGAAUGCCCUCCCUAGCUGUGUUCUGCUCCUUAAAAUACCACUAACAGUAAUAACUGUUGGAAUUUUGCACAGUUUUUAAGAGAGGGAAUCGUAAGAAAACCUGUUGAAUUCUGCAUGUUUGCUUUUCUUCUGUAAAAUUGCUCCAUACAUUUUAUCAAUAAAUAAUAACAAUGUU